AUGUAGACUUUAUAUAUGUGAUAAUAACAUGUCAGAAUACAAUACAUAUCGAAUUUUCUGCAAGACAAAAUUUGUGACGCCCGGGAGAGCAAGCUUUGCCGUUGGAUAUGAAUAUGUGGAGGGCAAGGAGUAGAAAAGCAAUAUUCCUUCUUCUUUACAGACUUCCAGAUAUUCCCACAAGCAUUUGUUCUCUGCUUUUCACCGCCCAAGUAUAAAAACGCACUGCAACUCGCAUCUCUCUUAAUUCGCCGGAGUUCUCCAGAUCGAUCGAUCGUAAGACUUCCGACAGCCCUAAAUGACCAGCGGCGGCAAACAACUCGAGAUCCAAUUCGAAGAUCCGAACCCGCAGAAAUGGUCUCACCCCCUGAAGGAAGACGUGUUUGCCAACUUCGUGAGCAAAGAGAACUCGGCGGCGGUGUAUUAUAAGACGGGAUCGUUCUUCAGCCCUUUGUUGUUCGGGAAAUUCUUCGAUCCGUCGGAUGCAUUUCCGUUGUGGGAGUUUGAGUCCGAUGCUUUGCUGCCGAAUUCGUAUGGCUCCGGUCACCGCAGCGUUGAUUGGUACCAGACCCAGACUGAUUAUGUUCUGCUAGCAGAGGUACCUGGAUUAGGGCAGAACAGCCUUCAAGUUUGUAUCGAAAACGGGAAGAUUCUAGAGAUCAGCGGCCAAUGGCGACAACAGAGAGAGCCUAGGGCAAAGGAUUGGAGGAGCGGCAAGUGGUGGGAGCACGGCUUCGUUCGGAGGCUCGAACUGCCCGAGCAAACGGACUGGAGGAAAGCAGAGGCUCAUAUGAAGAACGACGUAGUUUUAGAGAUCAGAAUCCCCAAAACGGAUCCGGAUUCCGAUCAAGGAAACUAGUGCGAAAUAGUAGCUUCUGCAAACUGAAAUCAUAUGGAGAAAGGAGAGUUUCAUUUUCGUUCUCAUUAUGAAAUAUCUUCGUGUGUGAAUAUGCGAACCCUUUCUGUCUGUAGUUUUUGCUUUUAUCGUCUGAAGAGGAGUAAUUGAUUACCUUCGGGCUCCAUGUGGCCGCCAUUACUGUGAACAAAAGGGGGCCGAGAGAUCAGCGGUGGUGGGGGUUGCCGAUGGUCGGGGAGCUGCUGACGGCCGAUGAGUUUGAUUGUUUGAGGUCUGAUUGAGGAUUUAUAGUUUUUGAUUUGGGGGUUAGGGUUGGAAAAUAAGACUAAAAUUAUAAUAGGAAAAACGUAGGAAAAAAAAUUAAAAAAAAAUAAAAUAUAUGAAUAAUGAUUUGAUAUUCGGUUCACCAUGUAAAUUAAAGUUCUAAAAUCUAUACAAAACAUAGUUUUUUUUGUAA